CAUAUGCAUUGCUUACAGAUCUCUUUCGUCCCUUGUUUUUCUUCUUGUCGGAGGGCCCAAAAGAAAUAUAAAAUCCUCUUAUCCUCGAUGCAUUGAAUUCAAUAAUCUAAGUUCGGAGCUUUUUCUUCCGAUUCCUACACUUUCCCAACUGGCACUAUCAACUCUGGCUGCAGAUUCCGCUUCUGAAAUCAACUUUCCAACUAAUGAUUUGUUUAUUACAGGGUGCUCUGUGGCUGGGAGAAAUUCCGUAGCAAAUGAGAACUCGAAGAGGAUGUUGCUGUUAUUUCUUCUACUUUAUCUUCUUCCUUCCUAUUUUUUUGUUUCUGUUUAUUCUUGGAUUUAUCAAAGCUGUUGUAUUCAGUCCCUUUGUAUUUCUGGUGAUUGCUUUUGGGGACGUUGGUAUUGUCAUUGGCUUAUGGCCAGUUCAUCUAAUCUGGAGUAUCAUCUGUAUUAAAAGAACAAAGAUGUUUGGCCCAUUUACAAAAUUCCUUCUGAUUUUAAUUCUUCCGAUACCAAUAGCAAUAUGGACGGUGAUUGGAGUUGUUGGGAGUGUGAUUAUGGGUAUCGGUUACGGGUUCGUGUGGCCUUUCAUGGAAACAUUUAGAGCUAUCAGCCGAGAAGGCGUUCCUAUUUAUAUGAGAUUGAUUCGAUGCUUCACGGAUGGAACAUGGAGCAACGUAUGGGGAGCAUGCACCAUUGUGCGUGAUUUUGCAGAUUUUUCCUUCCAUUCCUACUUCUCCAUCAUGGAUCAGAUGGUUGAGUGGAAGGGAGAGGAGCCAGUCGAUAUCAAGGUUUACGAAGUAGCUGGUUGUGUUUUGGUCGCAAUUGUUGGAAUUGUAGUUGAUUUUCCUAUUAUCCCUUUACUUGUUCUGUACAAAGCUCCAAUUAUGCUGGUCAAGGGGUGGCACCGGCUAAUACAAGACCUUGUAGGAAGGGAGGGCCCUUUUCUAGAGACAGUUUGUGUUCCUUUUGCUGGACUCUGGAUAUUGCUAUGGCCUUUUGUUGUUUUAUUGGCAUCUUUUGCUGGUAUAACCUCAAUCAUCGGCUUUGGUUGUUAUGCUGCCGUUGUUGCAUUUCAGGAAAAUUCCCUCAAGAGAGGAUUGCUUUAUGUCAUUGCAUCUAUUUCUUUGUUUGAUGAGUACACCAACGAUUUACUGUACUUGCGAGAAGGCUCGUGUUUCCCCCGACCUAAAUAUCGCGAGAAGAUGGAUUCAAGUUCAUUGCUGGUCCCUGGGAAAGGACUUCACGAACAUCUUCAAGCUAUUCAUACUAGAGAACCAUUGAUAAUGACUACAGCUGAGCAGAAGAGUGCGGUGAAGGCAGUAGUGAUUUGGGAUAGCUUUUUCAAGGCAUGUGUAGAUAUUGGGAAAGAGCUCAUUAGAGAUGAAGCAAUUGGGCUUGCUGAUCUCGAAGCUUGGCGUCACGCAAAAAACAAGAUAGUUAAUGUCGGAAUUCCUUCUCAUGUAUUCCUUCAAUGUUUUCUUCGUUCAAUCAAGCGUGGUUCUGUUGGUUUCCUCAUGCGUGAUGACGUUGAGAUAACCCAUGUGAAUCGACCGGAAGGACGAAUCUUCGACUGGCUCUAUGAGCCAAUGUCCAUCAUGAAAGAGCAAAUCAGGCGUCUAAAUUUACAGGAAAAUGAGCAGUUAUACUUGUACAAGUUCUGCUUAUACAGUGGUGACACGAAAAGAAUCGAAUCCUGGGAGAACGGUGGCGUACCUUCUCCCGACGAAAUACGAAGGGCGCAACUAGAGGGUAUAAGUAGAAGGCUGCAAGGCUUUUGUUUGACAUUGUCACGGCUUCCUACUUCGAGACGUCGAUUCUUUGAAGUCUUAGGAGUACUCGAACAAGAAGCAAAAAAUGCUGGUCAUAUCGGGAACGGAUACGAUAUAGAAGCAGCUACCUAAGUCAGGUACAAAUUUAUCUCCAUUGUAUUGUAUUGUAUCACUAUCAACCAAUUUUACAUUCUUCCACUAUAAAUUGAUGUUUAGAACAGGUAACAUACCAUUUUUGAGCUUAUUAGAGGCUAAUAGUUGUGUCGAUACCAAUCCACUUUGUGUAUCCACUUUGUUCUUCAUGUUGUACCUGUAUUUGGUUCUUGUUAGAUGACAUCCAUGAGACAGAUUAUAGACAUUUUUAAGCUAAGUUAACCUUGUUUAAUGUGCGAUAUGCACUUAUUCCCAAUAAAUCUAUGGAGUUUAAGCGUCAA